AUGACCUACGAAGCCAACCGCAUUGCCGCCGCGAAAGCCGAACGCGAAGCACACAAGUCUCAGCUGCGCUCAGCCCGCACUGCCAAUGCACAACCGCCCUCCGCGUGUCCACGGUGUCAACAGACAGUCCCGGCGCCAUUUGGACUUGUUGGACACCUCCGGAUCAACUGCACUGUUCGGAUCGCACCAAUCGACCUCCCUCUGUCCGCCUCUUCCUCGCACUCUACGCCGUCAACUAAUUCGGGCCGCCUUCCUAAACCAACACUUCCAUACGUACUUUUUUCCUCCUCCUCCUCCUCCUCCUCCUCCUCCUCCUCCUCCUCCUCCGCAGUCCUGACACACCCACCACGCCCAUACCCGCCGUCACUUUGUCGUCCUAUGCGCUCCCCACAAUCACCAUCCUCCAGGAACCGACACCGACACCACCAACUGCUCAUGUCCACACUGUCCGCGCACAUUUACCCCACUCAUCGGCUUGGUCGGUCACUUGCGAAUCCAUCGCACAGGCAUUGGCGAUCCAGUGCGUGA